CAUUGGCCGCUUGUGGCUCAUUUAACCGCUGUCAGUGCGCAUCAUAUGGCCGCCGCUUUAACCAACUUCUCAACUCCGACUGGGAAAGUGGCUCAAAUGCGCAUUCUAUCACAGUGGAUGUGAACCAACCCAGGCGAAGACAGGGUGAAAUACUGGUUGGAGAACAUUUUAUAUCCCUUUUCGGAUUAAUUUUUAUCUCGUAUUUGAUUAAUUUGGGGUUAGACUAUUCACUUUGUAACCCAGUCAUCCUGUGCGCACCCGAUCUUGUGCGCGCCUGACCUAUCUUGAAAAAGACUUUUUCUCUGUUGGUGGCGAAGUUUAAAACCAGGUGAAUGUAUAGCAUGAUGAUGGAAACUGACCUCCAUUCCCCCGGCCCCCAAACGAAUACGACCACGGGUCAAACGGGGCCGAACGGCGGGUCCAAAGCGAAUCAGGAACGGGUGAAGAGACCGAUGAACGCGUUCAUGGUGUGGUCCCGUGGGCAGCGGAGGAAGAUGGCACAGGAGAACCCCAAAAUGCACAACUCUGAGAUCAGCAAACGGCUGGGGGCCGAGUGGAAGGUGAUGUCCGAGGCUGAGAAGCGCCCUUUCAUCGACGAGGCGAAGCGGUUGCGAGCCAUGCACAUGAAGGAGCAUCCGGAUUACAAGUACCGGCCAAGACGGAAGACCAAGACGCUGCUGAAAAAGGACAAAUAUUCACUUGCCGGUGGACUGCUUUCUGGGCCCAGUGGGGGCAGUGGAGUUGGUUUAGGGGUCGGGAUGAGUUCUUCCGGUGUUGGGCAGAGGUUAGAGAGCCCCGGGGGUCAUGGAGGCUCUGCAAGCUCCGGCUACGCGCACAUGAACGGCUGGGCAAACGGUGCGUACUCGGGGCAGGUGGCUGCAGCCGCGGCGGCGGCAGCGAUGAUGCAGGAGGCUCAGCUAGCCUACAGCCAGCACCCGGGGAGCGGAGCGCACCACCACCACCACUCACACCACCAUCACUCACACAACCCCCAAGCCAUGCACCGCUACGACAUGACAGCCCUGCAGUACAGUCCCAUCUCGAACUCUCAGAGCUACAUGAACGCUUCUCCAUCCGGCUACGGCGGGAUCACCUACACACAGCACCAGGGCUCCGGCGUCUCCUCCUCAGCUGCCAUGGGGACGUUAGGGUCGCUAGUGAAGUCGGAGCCGAGUAUUUCUCCAUUCAUGGAAUAGCAUCUGCAGUGGGACUUUUUGACAAGAGCAAAGUGUCCAUCAUGGCUAUCACCAGCGGACAUGGAUCACUGUGGGGACCUGUGAUUAACAGAUAGCACCUCGUCUCCUCUGCUGGCAGGCCAUCAUUACAACGAGCACUAGAAGAUAGGCGCUUUGGGCGAAAAGACCUUUUGGAAAAUGCCAGUGACAGUCAGAGUCCCAAAUUUUCUCCAUUCACGAUUUCCCAUGUGACGCUACCUACUCUAAACCCCUUAAUUACACAACCCCUUUCUCCUAUUGCCCUAGUAUCAAAGUACAGUGUCUGAUUUCAGAGCAUGUGGAGAUUUUAUUUUAUUUAAUUUUAUGUGGCUUACUUGAAUAAAAAAAAACAACCCCAGCCCUAUAUCUCACCAAUCUCAGCAAAAACAAACACUAACCAAUGAGCAAAAAAACAGCAGUGUUUGCAACAGCUCCUUUUUCCUGUUCCCUUUCAGUGCAGCCAGCUUCGCUGUCUUAAUACUCUUAGUCCCUGGGUUGGCAUGUUUUCCAAGAACCCGCUGCAGUUUCAGAUUUGUAAAAUCCAUCAAAAUGCCUGUAAUGAAUAUUUCCACAGCCUUGAGUGUAUUUAAUGUGCAGUUUGACCAGCCCAAUGAGAAACAUGUACUGAUCUGGCACUAGAACAUCAGUAGAGGGUUCAUUGUCUGUCCCUGUUCAGACAGAUAAAGAGAAGCAGAAUGGAAAAUAUUUAUUAAACAAUUAUUAUUCACACAUGCUCUUAAUUUAUAAUCAACAUCUUUCCUGUGCAUGAAUCAACAUGUCAUGUAUAUUUGCAUUUAAAAUAAAAAAAGUAACUGCUAUUUGUACAGUUGUCUUUAAGGCAAGGCUUUGUUAUGUACUCAACACUUACAUUGUACUGUUACAUUGUGUCUGUUUUGCUGUUGUCUUAGCUUUUGCUUAAAAAAAGAAUACAUAUUAAAUAAAGUCUUGCAUCUUAUUGCUGCCUAAGAAUAAAAAAA